AUGACUUCAAUUUCAAAUGUAUUAUGUGAAGUUUAUACGGAGGGUGUGAAUGGAACAGAUGAAGAAGAAUAUGUUCCUUCUUUAAUGGACAAAACAAUAUGGGAUCCUUUUUUGAAUGACUUGGUACAGGGUGAAGUGGAGUUCCCUGAAAUAUCAUCUGAUGAUGCUGAAUUGACCCAUUCAGAUGAAGAAUAUGACGAAGGAGAGCAUAAAGAUCAAGAAAUUGGUGACCAAUUUCUUGUACACAAACCUAGAAUCCCUUGGAACAGAAUGGAACCACACUUAGGGGAAAAAUACGAAUGCCCGGAACAGUUCAAGCUUUGUCUAACAAAUUAUGCGGUGGUUAAUGGAUACCAAUUGAGAUUUGCCAAAUGUGAUCGUUCUAGGAUAUUACUUAGCAAAGGUCAGUGUGAAAGGGCAAGGGCAUUAGCAUUUACACUAAUUGAGGGCAAGUUAACUGAUCAUUAUGCUAGAAUAUGGGAUUACGGUAACGAAGUUUUGCAAUCAAACCCAGGAAGCACUGUUGAAAUUGGAGUUGAUGUUAAUCUGGAUGCAAAAUAUUUCAAAAGAAUCUACAUUUGUUUGAAGGCUUUAAAAGAAGGAUGGUUGAAAGGAUGUCGUAAGGUGAUUGAUUUAGAUGGAUGUUUCUUGAAAGGGAAAGUUAAAGGAGAGUUGCUAGCUGCUAUUGGUUGA